GGCAAAAACGUAUGCCUAUGCUGCUGCGGCAUUACUCGUCGCCACUGCUCGCCUAUGCAGCUGUUGCAUCCGGACUCUGUGGGCGAUUCUAUCUGCACCAGAGCACUUUGUGCAGAAAGGGCUCGAGCUGGUCAUCACGGGCUGGCUGCCAAUGCUCAUGACUGCCAGGUCGUAUUUGAGCAGCGUAGCACCGGUGAUGGAGCUUUCUGCCUGUCUUAGGUCCGUGUACAGGACCAAGUCAACAGAGUUCCUGUCGGCGAAAUACCAUAUGCUCGUUGUAGUGGAGCUUGCCCUUGUGUGGACGCUGUGUCUGUAUCAGAUGCCGUUUGGUCUGGAUCUCUCGGUUAUAUCCUGGCGCAGUAUUGCAAAGGGCAUCUGCAGCGCCAUCCUGGUCAUCCAGCAUGUGGUGUACCGGAGCCAAGAGUGAGCGAACGUGCGUGGGACUGGGCGAUCGGCAAGAAGCGUGCAAAGAACGUGCGGGUGGCCUGAGUGAACGUCAGCACAAAGCGAAUGUGGGGGCCCAAGAAUGAUGCAGUUCCAC